AUGAAGGAUGAGAAGGUGGAGGAGAGUAUGGAUGCUGUGAAGGUGGAGGAGAGUGUGAAGGUGGAGGGUAAAAUUGAGGAUGGGAAAGUGGAGGAUAAUGUGGUAAAGAUGGAGGAGAGUAUGGAUGCUGUGAAGGUGGAGGAGAGUGUGGUAAAGGUGGAGGAGAGUGUGGAUGCUUUGAAGGUGGAGGAGAGUGUGGUAAAGGUGGAGGAGAGUGUGGAUGCUGUGAAGGUGGAUGGUGGGGAGAAUGAGAAAAAUGUGAAGGUGGAUGGUGGGGAGAUGUUGCUCUCCGAUAUGAUGCAAGAAAUAAUUGAGAAAAAGAAGGAUAAGGUCAAGGUCAAGGUUCAGAAGGUUGAGAAGGAUGCCAAGGAUGGGAAGGAUAAAGUCAAGGUCAAGGUUGAGGAGGAUUCGAAGGAUGGGAAGGAUAAGAAGGAUAAGGUCAAGGAUGCGAAGGAUGGGAACGAUGGUGAUGAUUUCCAAUUAUACAACACUCCACCUAAAGGAUCAAAGACAAAUGAUCCAUUAACUAUCAAUCCCCUUCAAAAAUUUGAUGAUGAGUUGUUGGUUCAAUUAGAGAAUUGGUUGAAAGAUGUAGCCACCAAUGAUCAGAAAAAGACUGUGUAUACUUGCGAAGCACCAAAGAAGUUGUUUGUUAUAGUUCUAACAAAGUGCACAUGGCUUAAAGAUCCUGAAGUCGACGCAUUCUGCCACUUGUUGCGCAAAAGGAUUGCGCAAUAUCCCAAGACAUAUAAACAUUUUAAAGUAUCAAUAGGGGGUUGUUUAUUAGGAGAUUUGAUGAGACAUAUGCCAGAAUGGCCAUCAGUAGACGAUAUUUACGUGCCUUUGAACAUUGGCAACAAGCACUGGGUACUGUGCAUCGUUCGUCUACAAGAUAAUCACAUUGACGUUUAUGACUGCGACUCGAGUAUUUAUAGGAAUCUCGAUCCAUACCUGAGACCUUUGUGUGAGAUGAUUCCACGAUUAUUUGCAAUGGCAGCCACUGAUGCUGAGCUACAAAGGUUUCCUAAGUUCAAUUUCCAGAAACUGACAUAUAAAAGGUUGCCACACCCAGCCAAAAAUGCAGUCGCUAAAGUAGGGGAAGUCCCUAGAGCAACAGAGAGUGGGGAUUGUGGUGUAUUUAUGCUUAUGUACAUGGAAUACUUGACUGCUGGUUUAGGUGUAGAGAAGAACUUGACUGGUGCUUAUGUAUUCUAA